AUGGCGAUGCAUCGGCUAUGCGUGCGUGCGCGUCGGCCCACCCACGGUAUGGUUCGUCUCAUUGGGGGAAUCUUUAGCAGUCACCGUUUGGUUUCCAAUAUUUCAACCCCCUACCGACCCUUGUCCGACCUCGAAAAGCAGGUUGAGCCCCUUGUACCGUUUACAUUUACUGCACUCACCCAAAUUGCCCAUUCCGUUGAUGAGGAUCUAAUGGAGCGAGUGGCUGAAUUGGGUGGGCUGAGGAGUUUUCUAGUUAGUUGCCCCCAAACAUUCCGUGUGGCAAAAGUUGGUGACGUCUAUGUGGCGCGACGGCUCCGGAAAUCUGUAGCGUUUCACAGCACUGUUUCUAAGGACGUGAAGCCCCGCCCUCAAAAUAAAGAAGGCCAUCACUCAAGGGCAUUGUCGUGCGAUCCGAUACGGGCAGUGCCAGAUGAAGUGUUUAAACUUAUUCCUUCUUUCUUUGUUCCGCUGGACGCACUGCUUGACCGAAUAAGGAAAGCGGGCUCUAUCCAGGACGGAAGUAGCAACAGCCUUCUGAACGCGGGCGACACAGGAGACUUUGAGGACCUUGUUGCGCGGUUUGUGGAACAAUGCAGCAACUACAUUGACCUUGUUUUGUUGAAAGAUACGAAUGAUGGGGGAGGGACUGUCCAACAACGUUACGUGCGGCUUCGACCCUCCGUCAGUCGGCAGUGCGAUGAUUUGCAAGUUUUCCCCAAGGAUGAAAAGUGCGUUGCUCAUAACAUGGAGUCCUAUGAGGUGGCUGAGUACGAGCAGCAUCGAGCUGCUCGGCUCAUUCCCAUCGUUGAGAAAUUUGUGUCCAUCACACGGGAUAUGCGAGAUAGUGCUGCGUUGUUGCUUCCAGCUGGACGGAGUUUAAUCCACGUAUUCGUAUCGGCACCGCAUCUCUUCGAUGUGCGAGACAAACCGGAACUUUCCGUACGCUUUAUACUUGAUCCGCGUUUUCGUCCAAAUUUGACUCUCACCCGCGAGGAAAUCGAGAAGAAAUUGGAGGAGGUUAACGAUUCCCGUGGGUCCAGUGCGAUGAGGCUUCCCAUCAAUCGUAAAAAGCGGCGCGCGCUGCAGAGGCAACUUCAGUUUAUGAUCAACCCCUUGCCUUUUUUUGAUGAGAAUGUCAUUGCGCAAGCGUUAUUUGACUUGUUGCCCAUUGACGGACCGAUUUCGACGUCCAACUUGUUUUCACUACUUUCCCGUGAGGCCCACCAUUGUCUUCCAGCGCUACCCCACCGCAUAUUUACCAAAUACAACCACAUGUUUCGUACGGUUGAGGGUGAAACUGAACUUCUCGUCCAGCGUGCCGAUCUCCCUUUGCCGGAGGAGCGAAACCUUUCAGAAAUUAGUUCCGAAGAAAUUGUUAUGCAGCUGUACAACAACUUUCCCCGGAGGAGACAUCCAAUAUGCGGGACGUGCGUGGAACGAUGCAGCGUGGGUUUCCCGCAGUCUGUGCGGUUGCGACUUCGCCAGCUGGAUGUAUUGAAUGAUGUGCUUCGUCAGCAGCCGGAUAAGGUGGAGGUGAUGGAUGGGUUGGAUGAGGAACUGCUGAAGAACGGUGUACAAUUCGCACAGCCGGGGAGGUUGCAGCUUUUUCGGUUUGUCGGAAUCUAUCAAGAGGAACUUAUUAAGCGCUACGAAACGCUGUGUUUGAAACUUGGUCGCGACCCAAACAAAACCAUGAAACUCUGCUAG